CUCUAAGACGCUCAUCCUGUCGGCAGACGGCGAGAUGGCGACCCAAACCUGUCCUGCAUCAAACAAGACUUGACAGUGAGACCUCGCUGAUCUGGACCGUCGUAUCCGCAAUUUUGGACAAGGAUGUUCGCACAGCAGAGCAUAUUUCAGUACCUGGGGCAGAACGAUUCUGGCGCCUCGUUCUGGGACCUCAGCUUUUCUGGCAUCAACACCUCCAACAUGGUGAGCAGGGAGCGUCCAGUCGGUUGCCGUUCUUGGCAGCCGGCCAAUCACGUGCUGUAUCAGCUGGCCUGCACUGCGAUCGCCAUGGGACUCCUCGCCAUCGACACUCCUUACGGAGCUCUUCUUCUGCACUCCCUCUUUUUCCUCGGGUACCUGCUGAUGUCCAUCUGGUCCUGGGUCAUCUUGUGUGCUCCAGACUUCUUUUCAUGGAACUUCGCUUUCCUGCUGCUCAACGGCGUGCAGACAAUGUCGCUGAUCUACAGCAUCCGACCUGUCCGCUUCUGCCAGGAACUGGAGGAUGUGUAUGUUCACCUCUUUCAGCCGCUCAGAGUUCCAAGGUCCUUGUACAAACGACUGGUUGGGGCAGAGUAUUGCACUCUGAUGACGCUGAAUGAAGGAGAAUUCUACGCCACACAGUCCAUCACCAAGACAGACAAACUGGGUCUCCUCAUCUCUGGAAGCAUGAACGCUUACAGCAACAGAACACUUCUGCACACCAUCAAGGCCAAACAGUUCAUUGAUUCACCGGAGUUCGAAUCCAGCAACAGCGGGGAGGAGAAAUUCCAGGUAUCAAUAGUUGCCGGUGGCGUGUGUCGCUACAUCUUCUGGCCGCGACAGAGUCUGGAGUACCUGCUGGUUCAGGAGCCUUACCUGGCUAAUGUUCUCAACAUCGUCCUUGGCAGGGAUAUUACCAACAAGCUGUACGCCUUAAACGAGAGGGUCUCUGCUCAAGAAGGGUCAAGACUGGACAUUCGUCUGCCGAGUGUGUCGCCAGGCUUGCGGACCAGACGUGACAUUCGCAAAGCAGUGGUGGGAGUGCCCAAUCCCUCCACCGAUGAGGUGCCGGACGAGGCCGCCACCACGGCAGCCAUGGUGGGCACGGUUAUCGGAGAUGCAACCGUUGACGAGGACAGUGAUGACUACGACGAUCCUUUUAACCACCUAAGCGAGAAGGUAGAGCUCCUGAACGGGCAUGCUGGAAGCUGCACGGUGCUGCAUGCGGCCAUGAUGAUACCCCCAUCUAUCUCCCCACAGCCCAACGGCUCUUCCUCUAGUCGAUCUUCUUCAAGCCUCUCUCGACAUUCUGGCCUGCACUUUGACAUCUGAUUAUUAUUAUUAUUAUUAUUAUUAUUAUUCCCGCUCUUUAAUCCCACUAAAAUUCUGUUCACAUACCCCUUGUUCUGUACGCAAUCUUAUGGCUUUAUUGCUGGUACGAUAAUGAUGGAUGUACAAAAAAUGUGUUUAUAUUAUGAAUCGUGUUACAAAAUAAGAAGAGAUGCAUUUUAAAAAGUGGAGUAUUUUUCUGAAUUAUAUUUCUGAUAAAAGAAGCAUGCAGUUUUCAAAUAUGGUUCACCUGAGUACACUGUAUCUCAACUACAAAAUUCCCGUAACCCCUGACAUUAAGCUAGGUUGCAGUUUGCAAACUUUUUGACCUUUUUGUAUAUUCAGAUUGUGUGUGCGCGUGCGUGUGUGUAUGCGCGCAUGCAUAUAUAUAUAUUCAUGCAUGAAACUUAGUGCACGCACAUAUCGAUUACCAUGAAGGUGAAGAUUGACCCUGCAUGUCAAGAUGUCAGCUUCCUGCAGUUGUUGGUGUUGUUUUAUUUGCAACGAGUUCCAUCUUGCGUCAGAAUCAUGUUACGCUAAUGAUGUUUUGCAUGUCGGUUAUUUUCAAUACAGGAAUCUCAGUUCUCGUGUUGUUUUCAAACGUAACAACUGAUUUACGCCGAAGCUGCACGGCAUGACGCGAGUUCAGCAGUUACAAAGCAGUAUCAAUGACAAUUAUCUAAUUUGGGCAGCUGGUCUUUUUGGUUUGGGUGGGCUGGGUAGAUGUCAAGUCUGGAUGCAAAAACAGUCAAAUCGGGAGUGCAAUCUAGGAGAACUGCACCUAAUUGACGUCACGGCUACUGCAGGUUAUUUCUGGGCCUCUGAGUUGCACCUGUGUACCUUGGAUGGACACCGGCAGGUGUGUGUGAAGAAAGAAUCACGACGCUGCAGUUCACUGGAGAUUGUCAGCAAUGCGGAGUCUGAAUGAAUUCGCUGUAAUUUCUGGAUUCAGUUACUCAUUUCACGUGGUCUCCCGAUUCACUGAACCCUUGGACAAGCGGCUGAAAACUUCAGUGUUACCUGUUGUAAUGCUGUCAGCCAUGUUGUCAUUACCAUCACGCAUAUAGGCUUCCUUCUGGUAGUAAUGUACCUGUCUUUAUUUGUCAAUAACGUUCCAGAAUGUGAAUUCAAAUUUUUUUCUAAAACAUGCGGAUUGAGUUAUAUCUUGUUCUUGUCCCUACUUGUAUAUUACUAAAUUACUAUUCUUUUGCUAAUUUUUAUUCAUAACAACAAUACUAUUAGCUUGUGAUAAGAAAGACGCCAAAACUUUAGGAUAAUCUAUAAUACAUGCUGAAGUGUCCAAUCGUACUUUCCAUUUUGUCUUCAUGAGAAUUAUUGACUCUAAAGGACAUUCUUACAAUAGAGAUAUCAAGUAAUGACUACUGUGUCAGUUAACUGCGAUGACAAGAUUGAAAGAUAACUUUGUCCCAGCUACAGUUCUGUACGAGGAGGAUGCAGAGACAAAACAGACUAUAAAGCUUAAGACUUUGGCACGCCUUUGAACUCCGAACUAUAUAUAACCUUAUGUGAAGGUUUUUGUAACUCACUAUAACUAAUCAAAACGCUUCAAAGGUCAUUUAAGAAGGAAAUGACCGUGAUUUGAACUUUCAAAUUCAGUGACUUCAUUGCUUUUAUUUGGAUAACUCGCAGAGUUCAGAAUGUGUUGUAUUAGACUCACUUGCCUAGAAUCCGUUCAAUCACUCAACAAAGAAAACACUGUAUACAUGUAAACAAUUCCCCAGAGGCUGUAGAGGCAAAUAUCAAACAUGAUUGACGAGGUCGACCGAAGGAGUGGUCAAGAACUAGUCUGAUUGUGUUUAAACGAAGAUGUAAUGUUCUUAAGGUUGACAGAUUUUCAUCUCGGGUGUGGAGAAAAACUAUAUCAUGGAACUGAGGUAGAUAUAUUCUCGCUGAAGGCGAGGACAACCUUCACGUGCACGUCUCGUGUUGAUGAAGAUCGAUACUCGCUGAAGUCGCGGAAAAAAUAUGUUGUGUAUUUAGGUCGACAGAAUUUCACCAACAGUGUGGAAAAAAUAUCAAUGUCUGCUUGGAAAAUUCUAGUUUCGAGAAACAUUCAAUGAAAUUUUUUAUUUGUUCCUGUCACUCAGUCGAACUUUGUGAGGCAGGCUUAACUACCAAACCGUCAGGUCAGGUGAAAGAGAAUGGAAGAUCUAUUCAACACAACACAAACACAGUUCGCAACUGGAAGCUUCUAGUAUAUGAGAAGAUGUCUUCCUGUCUUAUUGUCAGAUCCUUGGAGUAUGUACGGUUGCAAGUACUUUCCGACAUAAAUCUGAAUAAAUAGCCCAUAUUAAGAAGCAUAGUGAUUUUCCUUUUGGGUUUUUUAUCUUUCUUUUCCUUUUCUUUCUUUUGUUGUCUCUCAAAGCUCCUUACUCUUAAUAUCUUAAGUUGAAGCAACUUGCAUUCGAGGCUGACACUUUGUCACAUGUUUCUUAUAUAGGUCCUCAGCUGAUUAUAAAUAAUUUUGUUUCCUUUAAAGCCAUGAUGCAAAUGCUUCUUUACCAAGCCAGCCAGCUAUUGUCUUUGUCUCACCUGCAGCCGUUGCUUGUGUAUUUUUAAUGCUCGUAUGUGGUUCUCAGUGUGAGUGAGCAUCGUUCUGAUGGAGAUGAUUUUCUGCGAAGUUGUUCCUAAAAAAAAAAUCGAUUGCUGGCUACUGUUGUUUGUUGUAAACUCUUAGAGAAAUGUCAUGCGAUGAAUUCCUUUCUCGUUACCUUGGUGAUAAUAAAAGGCUCAUUGAAAAGACCAA